UCUCAUCAAUGUCACAUACUCUGACUCCACGUCCCACAUCAUCUACAGAAGAUACAGUAAAUUCUUUGACCUUCAGAUGCAGAUUCUUGACAAGUUCCCAAUCGAGGGAGGGCAGAAAGAUCCCAAAAAAAGGAUUAUCCCUUUUCUUCCAGGCAAAAUCCUAUUUCGACGAAGUCAUGUGAGAGACGUGGCCAUGAAGAGACUACGCUUUAUUGAUGACUAUUGCAGAGCGCUGGUUCGGCUUCCUCCCCAGAUCUCGCAGAGUGAAGAAGUUCUCCGCUUCUUCGAGACCAAACCAGAUGAUAUCCACCCUCCCGCAGAGGAUUAUGGAUCCAAACGCAAGUCAGGACCGGACAGCAGUGAGCCCAUGGUGCUGGAGCAGUACGUGGUGGUGGCCAACUACGAGCGGCAGGAGAACUCGGAGAUCAGCCUGAAGGCUGGAGAGACGGUGGACGUAAUCGAGAAGAGCGAAAGCGGCUGGUGGUUUGUCAGCACAGCUGAAGAACAAGGCUGGGUUCCUGCCACAUACCUGGACUCUCAGAGCGGCACCAGAGAUGAUCUGGACCUGGGAACAUCUAGAUCUGGAGAAGUUACUAAGAGACGUAAGGCUCAUCUGAAGAGGCUUGACCGGAGAUGGACGCUAGGGGGAAUAGUCAACCGCCAACAGAGUCGAGAGGAGAAAUAUGUCACUGUCCAGCCGUAUACCAGUCAGGGAAAGGAUGAGAUCGGGUUCGAGAAAGGAGCAACUGUGGAGGUCAUCCAGAAGAACCUGGAGGGAUGGUGGUACAUCAGGUAUCAGGGUAAAGAGGGCUGGGCCCCAGCCUCAUACCUGAAAAAACUGAAAGAUGACCUUUCCCCAAGGAAGAAGACUCUGACUGGCCCCGUGGAGAUCAUCGGAAACAUAAUGGAGAUCAGUAACCUCCUCAACAAGAAGGCUGUAAGCGAGAAGGACAUUCAAACUGACGGAGAGGCCACUAGCCAUGAGCACCACAUCUCCAAAAGUGAAAUCAGUUUGCCUAUCCCAUAUACCCCAGAGGCUGGAGUGGCACCCACAGUGGUCACUGGUUUGGGAAUGAACUCUGGAUCUAGCACCGCCCUACAGGAAAACAAGAGCAGGGCAGAGCCGGGGUCACCUGCCAUAGCCCGGGUGGCACCACACAGAGUUGAGAUUGGAUCUCCAAACCUCAGACAGAAACCUCCUCCUCGAAGAGAUACAAAUCUGGCAUUCCAGUUGCCCAAACCUCCAGAGGCCCCUACUGUGGAAGCGGAGUACUACACCAUAGCAGAGUUUCAAUCCAGUAUCUCAGAUGGCAUCAGCUUCCGUGGAGGACAAAAGGCUGAUGUCAUAGAGAAGAAUUCUAGUGGUUGGUGGUAUGUCCACAUCGGGGAUAUGGAGGGCUGGGCACCCUGUUCCUUUAUUGAUAAACGCAAGAAGCCCAACCUGAGCCGGCGGACCAGCACACUUACCCGCCCUAAAGUUCCACCCCCUGCUCCACCAGUCAAGAAACCAGACUCAGAGGAAUCACCUUCUCUAGCUGGCUCCGCCUCCAAAGCUCCAGAAUCCCCCAUUCAGCAUGUCUAUGAGGAGCCAGAAUAUGAUGUUCCCGCCAUUGGUUUUGACUCUGAUCUGGAUAGCAAUCCUCCAAAACAAAAAACAAAUAAUUUCUCGAAACCAGAGCCCCGUAAGUUUGAAAUUAAAAGCAAUCCAGCAGCUGCCGAAAGGAUUGCACAGGCUGGCAAAGCAUCGCCUUUACUAAAAGUGAUGACCUCCCCCUUGAGGAAAAGAAACUCAUUGGAGAAUGUCAAUAAGGAGGAGGUGAUUUAUGAAAAUGAAGGAUUUAGGUUCUCCUCUGAUGACUUUGCCAGUGGUUGCGAUUCAGAUACCCCAAGGAGUCUCACAUUGGGUCGUAAACCCUUUGGGUCCUCCUCUGGAGGAGGGAAGCCCCUCCAGAAGGUAUCGCCGGAUCUAAGCCGGAGUCACUCUCUUGGCCGUGCUGAGAGACACAGCCCCAAAUCAUCGUCAGACGAAUCAGGACGCAAUCCCAAAAGAGAGCCUGUCAUGCGAAAAGAUGUAGAGAUUCGGGUUGGUCAAAGUCCCUUAGCCAGGCCCAAACCAGUGGUGCGACCCAAACCUCUGUUUACAAAGUCAGAGCCCCAAAGUCCCGAAAGAAUGGACAUCAGCAGCCUACGUCGCCAGCUUCGGCCCACCGGAAGUCUUCGGCAGGGUGCAGUCCGUGCAGUCCAUGCAGUACGUGGUGGUGAAGAUUCCGAGACUGCUUCUGUUGUGUCCUCUGAGGAUUCCAUCUCCUCAAGAAGUACCUCCGAUCUCUCCAGUGUCUAUUCCAAAGGUAGCCGAGGUGGGGAAUCUGACCAUGAAAGUGUGCUCUACAGGACGACAGAUGCCUACGAACGGGCCCAAGAGUCAGAGGUUAGCUUCCCAGCUGGUGUGGAGGUUGAGGUAUUGGAGAAGCAGGAAAGUGGAUGGUGGUAUGUCCGUUGGGGAGAUGAUGAGGGAUGGGCACCUACUUUCUAUUUUGAGCCAGUCAAGCAUACCCAUGACGUCGGUGUACAAGAAUCCCGUGAUGGCCCUCUUGUUGAUCUUGGUAGCACCAACAAGUCCAACAGCCUAGAGAAAAAUGAGCAGCGUGUUCAGGCCCUCAACAACCUAAACCAGCAGAACCUGAGGAGUAUGAACAAUCCUAGCCCACCAAUCCCAUCCAAACCACCAGGGGGGUUUAGCAAACCAAACCCAAUGCUGAACGGUUCAGGCGUACGGAUGCGUAACGGUGUCCGUCAGGCAGCAGUGCGACCGCAGUCAGUGUUUGUGUCUCCACCACAGCCUCUGAAGGACACCAACAUCCAUACAGGGUCUUUGAGAAGAAAUGAAUCACUGGGUGCAGGCGACCACUUCAGAUCCACAGGCGGCGUAAGGCGAAACUCCUCCUUCACUGCUGUGCGACUGCAGCCAGUGACCGAUGUACGGGUCAGGUCUGGGACCACCAUUACAGCACCCGCCGGAAGUUCAAGCCCCUUGAUUGCCCAGAGAAACGGAAUUCCAAUCUCUACAGUGAGACCCAAGCCCAUCGAGAAGACGCACCUCAUUCACAACAACCUUCGAGAGGUUUACGUAUCUAUUGCUGAUUACCGUGGCGACGAAGAGACCAUGGGUUUCUCAGAGGGCACUAGUCUUGAAGUUUUGGAGAAGAAUCCAAAUGGAUGGUGGUACUGCCAGGUUCUCGAUGGCUUACAGGGACGUAAAGGCUGGGUACCGUCUAACUACCUGGAGAGAAAAAAGUAAUUCCCCAGAAAUGGUUUAAACAUGCACAAUUGUAAUCAAAAUGUAAAAAAAACGAACUGACUGAAGGACUUUUGGUUUGAAACGAGAGAGACAGAGCCUUUUAGAAAGGAGUUUACAGUAAAACUAGAGUAAUGCGGGUGAAUGUUUAGCAAAAUACCUGCCAUAACUUUAUGCCAAAUGGGUGCCUUCGUACAUAUUUCACUGAAUGUUAAGAGGAAUCGGUCAAAUGCCAGUGAAGCAACGAAAAUACCAAAUUUCAGCUUAGUGCCAUAGGCCUACAAGUACAGAAAGCAACAAACUUAUUUUUGUUACAACAUUGAUAAGUGAAAAAGAUAAUUUCAUCAUAGGUGCAUAACAAAAAGUGCUAAUCCAAUCUUAAGCACAUGAAACAAGAAAUUCCUGUAAAAACAUUUUGAAUAAAAAAAAACAACAUCAAUUGUUAUCUUAGCAUUGAGUGCGCUCAAAGAAACAAAGCAUAACUUUGAUUGUCAUUUUUUAAAAAACGUUUUUUUUUUAGAAAUGGUUUUGUGUUCAUGUUUGUUAUAUCUUCCUUAGAGAUGUAUUUCUGCUUUCUUGUAACAUCCUAACAUCCCCAUUCUUUAAAUAUGCACAGGCCAAAAUGAAUAAAACAGGUUAAAGGAAAAUAGUCUGUGAAAGCUAUAUGCAUAGAUCACCUCAUGCCCACUUAAUUAUUGGGUUUAAACCCAAGUUCAGUUUACAAAGUGCGUCUGUUUUUAUUAGGAGGGUAGACAGCUUCAGAGGACAGGACUUUAGAUAUUGCUGCUCUGUGUGUGCUAAAUCUGUUAAUUCAAGAAAUCAGGACUGGAAAAUUUUUUGUUUUGUUCAGCAUUUUAUCCCAGGGAAGUAGUGACAUAACAUUGAGCCCAAAAUGUGAUCACACCAAAGAAGAUUUACAGACACAAUUGCUAGUUUGUUUUAGAGUUAGUAUUUAUUUUAUGGGUACAAAUAAAUAGUGUAUUCAGCAAAACCUAAACGAGGUUUCAGAACUGAGAACAAAGUAUAUUUAAUUGUUAUAUCUGGAAGCACUUGAUUUUUUUUUUAACCCAAAGAAAAGCACAUUAAUAUGCAAGGUUAAUUUCUACAUUACGAUAUUGCUGGGCAGUAUUGAAUCUGAAGUUACACAAUAAGCAGUGUAAACUACUAUCGUUUAAGAAUAGUGUUUCAUUUUCUGUUGACAAAGAUAUUAAAAUAGAUUCACGAACUUUAUCUUAGUCCAUGGUCCAAUCUUUCAUUGUCUUCUUUAUAGAUCUCUGAGCUCAGAAUGAUUACUUCCCCCUUAUUCAAUCAAAUAAUAUUCAUUAACAACAGCAUAAAACAGCUGAUGUUCAAGACUGCUGAAAUAUUUUUCUAAUGAAUAGUGUGAGCUCUUAAUUGAGUUUAGCACUACUUUUAUUUUAUUUAGUUUUCUGCUGGACAGUAUUUUAUUGUUAAACAGUUAAAACAUUAAUUACCUGCUAGAUUGCAGUUAUAUUCUAUUAAGCAGAAAAUUGUUUAUUUUGUCUUGUUUGUUGGUUGCUGUGUGAUCACACAUGGACAAUAAUGAUGAAUGAAGUCGUUCAUUUGUUGUGAAUCAAUGCAUUUGAGCUUUUUUUUAUGCACUGGUUUAAAGAUGCAGUGUACUUCAGCACAUAAUUUAUUUUUUGUUGUAUGUAUCAUUUUUAAUGUUUUUAAAAAAUGUUUUUAAUACUGUCUUGCUAAGAUGCCAUUUUAUUGGCAUUUGACACUCGCUUUUAAAACUUGAAACUCUUGGUAGUUCUGUAGUAAUUGGCUACUGCUAUAUUCUGAGCUUUUACCAAGAUGAUUUUUUUGUCUCUUUUUGAUGGUGUCUCCUACUGUCUUUAAAAUUGGAAGUAGAUUUUUAAAACAAUUCUUGUGAGCAUUUUUCACCUUGUGUGAACAUGCUUUCACAUACAUUUUUUAAAAUCCGAAAUGCAUUUUCAACCAAGCUGAUUGCUGCACCUUUAGCAACUGUGGACACUUCCUUUCUCGUUAUUGAUCCACAUAUAAUGCCAGAUUAUGUAAACAAAAAAUCAUUUUAUUUCAUUUUAACAUCAUCAUAUCACUCCCAGAAAUAAAAAAAUAGACAUUACAAAAAAAUCUGAAUAAUAAUCAAUCAGUCCUUCAAAUUAAAAGCCAGCAGUAAAAUGGGGACGAUCAAAUUACAUAACACUUUAUAAUUAAAAACAGCAGGGCUCUGUGUGGAUCCUUAAUUGUGACUGGACCAAAUUUGAUUUGAGUGUUUCAUAUAAAUGUUAUCAUUAAACAAACAGCAAUAAUGGGAUUUUAAAGUUCCAAUUUGGGUGAUUUUGUUUUUAACUUUUACAUUUGAAAAUGAAAAUUAAGCACUCUCACCAUUGCACUCUCAAUUGCAACUCUUUUUUUGACGAUGGCAUUACAGAAAUGUGUCGACUUACUACAACGCAGCGCUUGUGAUGGAUGUUGCUAAGCUCCAAUAAUACUUUGCUUUCUUCAUUCGCGCCUAUACAAUUUACAAGGGAACUGUUAAGUGUCAGACUAGUUCUUAUCUUAUAUUACUUGUGUAUCUGCUAGCUUUGUUUUAUGUGUUCUUUAUUUGUUUAAAUUUUAAUGCUUUUUUCAGGAACAGUAUUGCGUUUUAAAGUUUUUUUUUUUUCUUAUUCUUUCUCCUUUUCACUAUUGACAUUACUCUGAUGGAAUGAGGAAAUGUGCAAUACAAAAACAGGCAUCUCACCAGUUAAGAACAAUUGUAUUGAAGAAAGCUUUGUUUUUACUUAGAAUUCUGACAAUUUUAUGUCAAAUAAUGCCUGGUUUUGUCCCAUAGUUUUUUUUUUUUUUUUUAAAUCCUCCAAUUCAAAAUAUAUCAAUGUGUGUUCAAAUAUGUUAUGCUGAAUGUUAAAAUGCCCUGAUCGAUGGAUACCUUCAGUCUACCGGCCAACCAUGACUCGAUUUCUGCAUUCAUACUUUUUACCUACUGAACCGCAUCUUGCUUUAAGGGGUUUAGUGACCUCACAAGCCCAUGGUGAAUCAGUAUGGAAAUAAUAGGGAAGCGUGGGUAUAUCUAAUUCUCUGAGGCAUUUGUCAGGUCAGCCUGUCAAAUCGCAAAUUUGAGAUGGUGGGGCAAAUCCAUCAGCAGCUAUAUGAGCGCCGCACCACACUGCCAACUUCUCCACAUCCGCUCCCUACAUCCAUGGUGACAUCCCACUGUCACCAUGGCAAGCUUUAUCCUAAAUCCCAAUCGACUUACAUACUGUAUCAUUGUCGGAUUUCUUUUUCAAUUUUGUUUAGUCUAUUCUGAAAAUCCAGGUUUAACUUUUCACACCUUAAAAUAACGUGGACUGCAUAUAUUUGCUUCUCUUCCUGUCUGAAUUAAUUAUCUGAGCUUACAACGCCGUUGAAUUGAAAUGCUUUUACUGAGAGUUUGAAUAUAAGAGUGGAGAAUUUAACUUUGGUUGAAAAUGAGGAGGGUUAUGGGUAACUGUCUUUGAGUUUCUGGUCAAGAGAAGCUUUUUAUGAGAGUUGAAAUGUCUUCACCUUUCCUUAUUUAACAGGCCCUCUCAGGUGUAGGUUUGCUAUAGUUUCUUGCUUAAUGCUGUGUUUUCUUUUCUGUUUACCUUAUAUGAUCACAUUAAGAUAUAUUACGUUUUCUGAUUUUUUGAAAAUGUAUUGGAUAUAUUUACAGGAAUGUUCCAGGUUCUGUGACAUGGUGUUGAAAAUAAUUUCAACCAACCCAAUCUCUUGAGAAAAUGUAACUAUUUUUAUGAGGUAUAGUGAUUUUGUAUGAAUGUCAUUAGGGCAGAAACAUGUUUUUUAUAAAAAAAAAAAAAAACAUAAAUUCAAAGAUCCAUGAAUUUGUAUGAUGCAAUUCAUACCGAAACAUACAAUUUUACAGUAAGAAAAACAGUUAGCACGAAGGUCCACCUUCAUGAAUUCAAAGGUCAAUAAAUUUGUACAGUGUGAUUCGUAUGGGAACAUAUGAUUUGUAGAAAAAAAGUUAGCAUGAAGGUCCUCUUCAUGAAUUUGAAAGUACAUAAAUUCAGAAGUUAGCAUGAAGGUCCACCUUCAUGAAUUCCAAGGUCCAUGAAUUUGUACAAUGUUUGUGUGGUUGAUUCAUAUGGAAACAUACGAUUUUUAGGAAAAAGUUACCAUGAAUUCGAACAAUGUGAUUUUUUUAUAGAAACUUAGAAUUUUCAGGAUAAAGUAAGCAUGAAGCUCCAUCAUUAGGAAUUCAAAUAUCCAAGAAUUUGUAUCAUGUGAUUCACACGGAAACAUACAAUUUUUAGAAAAAUCUUAGCAUGAAGGUCCACCUUUGUGAAUUUGAAGGUCCAUGUAUUAUUCAUACAACGUGAUUCAUACUGAAAUGUACAAAUUUUAGAGAACAAAAGCAUGAAGGUCCACCCUUAAACGUAACCGUCAAUGGGGUGUAAACAGAUUAUACAAAAAUGUAAAAAUGAAAUUAAUAUAGUUAGUUGUCAGAUUGGUUUUCAAAGUAUACAACACUUAGUAUUGAACCUGGAGCAUCCCUUAAGCUCCUGAAUCGGAACAGAAGAAUGUUACUUAACAAAAAAAAGAUUGUGGGUGUAUUUUUUCCUGUUUGUUUGGUGUAUUCUGCGAUGGUUUGUGAACAGGAGUUUUUAAAUGGUGGAAAGAGAAGGUGGAUAGAGGGAAUGUUUGUUUAUGAUGUUUAAAUAGAAGGGAAUCCAGUCAGGUAAAGCUAGACAUGAUAAAACCGCUCUAAUGGACUUGAUGAAGUGUUCCCUGUGGAAAGAAAAGCAAGGCUUUUUACGAUAAUGAGCACUUCAGAGAAGCUUCCCGCUAGCAGCAGCUCAUUAUGAUGUCACAGUGGCACUGCAUUGUCAUAAUAGCACUGGUCAGGAGCAGUGUUCUAGAAACACCUUUGUUAUUUCUGUUGGAAAACUUGCUGCGACUGAAUUCAAGCAAGCUUGCCUUGUCUCCAAAGGCCAUUGUUUCUCAAAACAUCAAGUCUUAGUGCUUGAGUACACAUGCUGAGGUUCAGAAACUUGCAAACGGAUAUCCACCUCAAUUCGCCGCUGCUGCAAACCUCUUUAUAACAAUUAAAAAGUUGCUGACAGAAUGUGUAAAAGAAUAGGACUGCUCGUCUCCAGCUCACCCACCACGGUGUCAGGAGUACACUCGCGCUGUGAAAUCACAUUACCCAAGUGCUCGGUUAAUUACAGAUGCUUGGGAAGAGCACCAUGAAUACAAAUGUCACACUGAUAGUGGAUGUCGAGCUGCCGGGGGCUCGGAUCAGAUGCCGAGAUAGAUUGAUAGUGUUUCUAAUGGCUCACAGCAUAUCGAGAUGUAUUAACGUCAUCAAGAGGAAUCAUCUGAGCUUCCUGCGUCAGCGAAUGGCUUGAUUUACUGAGGCGUCUAUAUGCCGUGUUGGUGUACAACAAAAGUUGAAAGAAUGUACAUGUUUGAUUGUGUCAUAUGUCAUUUACAGGGCUUGGGAUACCUGGGAUAUAUCAGGGAAUUUUUAAAUUGUGAGUUUCAAGCCUGGAAAAGUCAUGGAUGAAUAUAAAAUGUUGUAGUUGUGCUCAUAGGUAUAGGUAGAUGCCCUAUUUGUAGCUGUUUCUAUGGGCCGCUAUAUGAAAGCCAUUCGCCAUACUGGAAUGGUCAAAGGCGGUCUGUGAACACUCAAGAGCAAGUUGCCUGAGUGUCUACAACCGUAGUUAUACGCAUACAUGAAUAUCUAUAUCUGCAAAUGACUCCAGCAGAAGAUUUUGCCAAA